AUGUCAAAGAAGCACGCCUAUACUAAGAAAUACACACCAGAAGAAGCAUUGGAGUUGCUAUUUCCACUACCUAGUGAUCCUGAGGAUUCUGAAACAGAAAGUGAUGAAGCGUCAGAAGACGAAUUUGUUUCAGACGUUGAUCCAUGUUUGGUUCCACAACCUAAUGUCAAUAACAGUGCAAACAAUUCUUGCUCCAUGGACGUCGAUAUUUCUAGUGACAGUACCGUAAGUGCAGAAGAGCCAUUAGCAGAAGAGGAAUGGUCCGAUGACACUACUAUUUUCGACUUUCUUCGCGUUGAUACAAAAGGAGAACCAGCUGUCAACCACCCAUUAACAAAACACAGCACAGAAAGAGACUACUUCCUUUCUUUAUUUACCAAUGAGAUGCUGGAGUAUGUGGUUCAGCUGACAAAUCUGUAUGCAGAGCAACAGAAACAAAAACGGCAAUCUGGUCAGACUAUAUGUGAAACUAUUCACAUAAAUGACAACAGGCUGAAUCCUCCAAGAGGGCAUCCAAACCACGAUAAACUUCACAAGAUCAGACCUCUUAUAACCUUUCUGAACAACACAAUUCCUAAGCCAUACACUGCUAGUAAGGUAUUGGCUGUGGAUGAAGGCAUGAUACCUUUCAAGGGACGGUCUUCGCUCAAGCAGUAUAUGCCUCUCAAAUCAGUAAAACGAGGAUACAAGGUAUGGUGUUUAGCAGAUUCAAAGACUGGCUAUGUCAUAAAAUUUGAUAUUUACACAGGAAAAUCAAAUGAUGGAUGUACAAAAAAUUAUCUGGGAGAGCGUGUAGUCAUCAGCCUCACCCAAGACCUGAAAUAUAGUAACAGUUUAGUAGCGACUGACAACUUCCUCAGCACAGUGAAUCUAAUGCAAAUGCUUUUGAACAAUGGAAUAUACUCUAUAGGGACUGUCAGAGCAAACUAA